UUCAGAACAGUUUCUGAAAAUUGUGGGUAAUUACAGAAAUUUAUUAUCUAACGGAAGCAAAAGAGAAAUCGAGGAAUUUCAAAUUACGGAUGAGUUUUAUUUGAAAAUUUUAAGAGGAAAUUCAAAACUUGGACAAUCGAUUUCAGAAGGAUCCAUAUUAUUUUCAUUGAAAAUGGGAGUUAGUCAACGUGUGCCGAAACCUUACGGCAAAAAAUAUGAUGUCAAAAGGUCUAAGCAACCAGAAAAAGCUAAAGGUAAAUUAAACAAAAAGAAUCAAAUAGAAGAUCAAGAAAAUGAGAAAGAAAAUGCAACGCCAAAAAAAUGUCAAGAAACACGUAAAGGAAACUGUGAGAUCGCAAACGUAAAUAUGGAACGUCCCAAAAAGGGUCCUAAAAAGGCAGCUACGAAAUACCAUCAGAAAUAUAAACCUAAAUAUAAACGUGGUAGAGAUAACAAUAGGAAACCAAAUACAAACAAACCCUAUUAUAAUUCUAAUGGUAAUAUCGUCUAUCCAGUGCCGAAGCCAACUGUAUGUAAGCAUCUAAGCACUAAACCGGUUAAAAUGAAAAAACCAAAGAAAAAACCGGUGUUUAAGAAAACUCAUUUACCAAGCCAUGAGCGUAAAAGAAUCAAAAAACCUUUUUCAAGUAAAGCCGAUAAAACAACUGAAAAAGAGAUUCUUGAAAUAUAUAUUCCAAAAACAAAAAAACGUACACAGGGAAAACAAAUAUCUUCUUUGCAACACUUUGCUUUUAACACGAAAAUAAAGCGUCCUGUUAAGAGAAAAGUAAAAAAAUGUGCUAGCCAAAUUGUAUAUCGUCUUCCAAAAAUUGGAAAUACAACUAAAAAGCCAAUGCCAAAAAAUAAAAAAAAGGCACGUAAAAGAAAACAAAAAAAGAGUGAAGGUUUGAAAAAUAGUGAAGGUGUACGUCAAACCCCAAAGGCAAAAAAAGGAAAGCGUAAAACACUAAAAAAAAAGAAAAAAAUCUUAGCUGUAAAGACACCAUCGGUUUUAAGCCAAAAUCGCAAAAGGAUCAAAAAACAUCUUUCGGUCAAAACUAAAAGAAAAAAUUUGUCCAAAAAAAAGUCAUCGAAGAAAGUUCCCGAAAUAAAUUUGCCAAAACCCCCUGUUCAGGCAAAAAAAAGAAAGCCUAAGAAAGCACUAAGAAGAAGGAAGAAGAUUUCAGCGAUAAAAAAGCCGGGGUUAUCGAGCCAAAAUCGCAAAAGGAUCAAAAAACAUCUUUCGGCCAAAACUAAAAGAAAAAAUGUGUCAAAAAAAAAGUCAACGAAAAAAGUUCGUGUAAUAAAUUUGCCAAAGCCCCCUGUUCAGGCAAAAAAAAGAAAGCCUAAGAAAGUACUAAGAAGAAGGAAGAAGAUUUCAGCGAUAAAAAAGCCGGGGUUAUCAAGUCAAAAUCGCAAAAGGAUCAAAAAACAUCUUUCGGCUAAAACUAAAAAGAAAAGGAUGCCAAAAAAAAAGGCAAAGGAAGCUCACGAAAUAUUUUUACCAAAACCCCCUGUUCAGGCAAAAAAAAAACCUAAGAAAGUACUAAAAAAAAAGAAGAAGGUUUCAGCUAUAAAAAAACCUGGGUUAUCAAGCCAAAAUCGCAAAAGGAUCAAAAAACAUCUUUCAGUUAAAACUAAAAAGAAAAUGGUGUCAGAAAAAAAGUCAAAGGAAGCUCACGAAAUAUUUUUACCAAAACCCCCUGUUCAGGCAAAAAAAAAACCUAAGAAAGUACUAAAAAAAAAGAAGAAGAUUUCAGCUAUAAAAAAACCUGGGUUAUCAACCCAAAAUCGCAAAAGGAUCAAAAAACAUCUUUCGGUUAAAACUAAAAAGAGAAGAAUGCCAGAAAAAAAGUCGAAGGAAGUUCACGAAAUAUAUAUGCCAAAACUCCCUGGUCAGAAAACCAAAAAAUCGCUUCUCAAACAUUUUGCAAUAACCCGUACAACCGCUAAGAGAAGCGAAUCUGGAAGAGGUAAUCCAAAAUCUGCCUCUACUAUAGUCUAUCACGUUCCAAAAGUGCUAAAAUCAUAUAAGAGGCCUCGUUUCUCAGCAAUACGAAAACGCAAGACGUACGUAAGAGUUAAAAGACAGGCCAAUAAGAAAAAACGCGUGGGCGCAGUGAUUGUAAAACGUAAACGUGGACGUAAGAAACCAAAAACAAGAAAACGUAAACAUAAGCCAAUUGUUAAGAAACGAAAAAAAAAGGUCAUGGCUAAAAAAAAAUAUAUACCGCGGGGUGGGGGUAGAAAGCCGAAGAUUAACAAAUAUAAACGUAAGCGGCCUGCUCAAAAGAGAAAAAAUAAAAAGGUUUACAAGAAAAAAGUUUUACCGCGCAAUGUCCGCAAAACAAUAAAGAAGCCUUUAACGAAAACUGAGAAGCGCAAUAAAAUCGAGCAGAUUUUUCUUCCGCAUGUCACCCUGCCGAAGAAAAAAUCUGCUCGAUUUUUUGUGUACAAUUCAUACAAAGGCAAGGGAGAAAAUGUCGAGCAGACUGUGUAUCAACUUCCUCCACCACCGAAAACGGGACCUUCUGAUAGAUCGGUCCUUUCAGCGGUAAACAAGAUUGUUAAUGCUCGCAACAACUUUGGUAGGCUAUUAACUAAGCGAAAAAAGGUGGAGAGACAGUCAGUUAACCGUCGUAAAAAAUGGUUGAAACGCAAAAAACCCGCACUUAUAAGAAAAGCCAUGUCAAAAGUCAACAAGAAAAAAAAAGCAAAUGUAGUUCGUCCAGUAACCAAACGAGUCAAGCGAAAGACACCAGCGGUGGUAAAGAAGGCUUGGCGCAAAAUCCAUAAGAAAAGAAAAGCUAAAGCACUUCGCCGUAAACUCCCCAAACGAAAGCAGCAAAGUGCGAAACUAGUGCUGAAAACAACUGAUGGGCAUGGAUUAGACAUGUGCGAAAAAAGUGAAACUGACAUUCCUCAGGAAGUAAAGAACUUGGACCCGCACACACAGUUUGUCUAUAAACUCGUUACUCGUUUACCGGUCGAAAGUAAAGUCAUAGUGAUGGGAAAAAUAAAUAGCAAGCCCUUUAAAAAAUUACUACAGACGGUCGAUAUAAUCAAAAAAUGCGAUGAGAUUGACUUUGCUCAGACAUCUUUCAAAUCGAACAGCUAUGAUCUAUUAAUAUAUAACCACACAUUAUAUGGGCAAGACUUUCAAACUCUUAUUUUAGAAGCGAAUAGGCUAAUUAAAAACGGUGGUCAACUUGCUAUAAUCGACGUUUAUUCAGAUCAGGACAAUGAAAAACAAUUUUUGCAAUCAAUGGCCGAUGCCGGAUUUUUAUUAAUACGACAGAAUAUCGCAAAUAAAACAACUUGGGAGUAUGUCUUCGAAAAAAUAAAACGUGUGGCUAAGUCAGUGUAUUUGCAACCGUUCACUUUGGCGGUUGCCAAAUAUCGCAGGCCCAUAGACCAUUUCAAAUAAACAAUUUAAGUUAUCUACUAUUUUAAAUUUAAAUUUAAAUUUAAAUG